GUAUGACCGCAUCUUUCCGUGGGAGGCCACUUAAUGGAGUCAAGAUUGAUUUACCUACAGGAUACACAGGAUAUGUUCUUCAAGAACCUAGAGCGCAGUCCACAGAGGAGGAGGACAGACACCUCGUAGUUACGGACACGUUCAAAAAGUUCUCAGCCUGGAACCUAGACAAGAAACCCACCUCAGACGACAUUGUGCAGCGGGCUAUGCAAUGGGUGGAUAUUGCUGAUGCUAUUCAUAGACCAGUUGCCGCUAGCUCUGAAGACUCAAGUCAGGAUGACAGUCAAAGGAGCUUGAAAGGACAUUGACAAUUUGUUCUUGAAAACAAUAUAUGAAUUUGUACAUAGGACGAAAUAAACUGAUUUCUCAUGGAAUGUAAAAA